AUGACAGACAAACCGGGCAUGGCGGCGGCGGCGGGCGGAGACGAGGCGGGGAGCAUCAUGGCGCUGCUGGAGCGCGUGGCGGGCCUCAUGGACAGCGUCCAGACCACGCAGCAGCGCAUGGAGGAGCGUCAGCUGGAGCUGGAGAACACCGUCAAGACCAUCCAGACCGACGUGGUCAAGCUCACCAGCGAGCACGCCAACACCAGCUCCACCGUCGACCGGCUGCUGGAGAAAACGCGCAAAGUCAGCCGCCACAUCAAGGACGUCCGGGUCCGCGUGGAGAACCAGAACGUCAGGGUGAAGAAGGUGGAGGCCACCCAGGGCGACCUGCUGGCCAAGAACAAGUUCAGGGUGGUCAUUUAUCAGGGCGACCAGGAGGUGAAGGCCGUCGCGCCGGGCAACGAGCCGGCCGAGUCCAGCGGCGGCGGCGGCGGCGGCGCCAGGCCCGAGGUGGAGCCGGACAAGUUCGAGCUGCCUCUGGAGUCUGACGAGGAGUACAUGGUGGUGGAGGAGGCGGAGUCGGCGGGCGGCCGCAUGAAGAAGUCGGGGCUGACGCGCAUCGAGAGCUUCAAGGCCACGUUCUCCAAGGAGAACAUGAGCAAGACCCGCGAGAACCUGGGUUCAAAGGUCAACAAGUUCGGCGAGCGCAUCGUGACGGCCGAGCGGCGCGAGAAGAUCCGCCAGUCCGGAGAACGCAUGAAGCAGUCGGGGGCGAGGCUGAAGGAGACCAUCAGCAAGAGCGUCCCCGCCAAGCUCAACCUGAAGAAGGAGCGGACGGUGGCGGAGGGCCAGGAGGGCGCCGAGGGGGCCGCCGAGGGCGCCGCGCCCAUCCCGCCUCCCAAGGGCCGCAAGGGCGGCCCCGACGCCGCCACCGCCGGCGCCACCGAGGGCAAGGCGGAGGAGUCCGAGGUGCCGAUGUACGACAUGAAGCAGCUAUCGUAGACAAACACGAGACCUGCGCCGUUAACUUUGGACCACUGAGCCGCACGGAGGGAGCCGGAGGGAGGGAGAGAGUUUAAGGUCGCCGCGACGAAGCAGAAAGCUGCGAGAGACGAAGGAGACGAACUUUGGUUUGAAGGAAGUGAGCAGAGAGCGGGCCGGUCACUGAUCCAACGCCACAACCAGAGAUCCUGAGAUCUGACAGGUUGUUCUCACGUGCAGCCGCUGGACUUUUAUUACCACAUCAGAAAAUAUAUAUAUUGUCUUUUUUUUGUGUUCAAUAAACUCUGACUUUGGGAAAUAAAAGAGCAAAGUGUUCCUGCAUGUCGAUGAUAAACUGUAGCAGCGUCACGGUGAAGAGUUCUGCUGGUUAAAGGGUUAAAACUCCAAAGAGACAGAAACAGUCAGAUGAUAAAGAGCUGCUGCAGCAGAAUGGGACGCCCCCCGGACACCAGAGACCCUGACAAGACUUUUAGUGGAGAAAGAGAGAAAUAAUUUAAAGAUGGCGGCACAGAUGUUAAAAAAGAAAGUCUUUAAUUGUUACAUAAAAUCUAAAUAAUGGAUGAAAUAAUAUUUAAAUAUGUGGAAAUAUUCCACACUGGGAAAAUCAAUAUUAGUAAAGAGAAAUAAUAAUAAUGUUAUUUUCUUUAUCUCAGGAUAACAAAGUUUAUCUUUAAGUUCAUUUCCAUAACUUUUUGAGAAAACAAAAGGCAGAUUUCUUGAGAAAACGAGAUAAUUUAUUAUGAGAAAACUUUGGUUUAAAAACAACAGGUUGAUUAUUCUGUCAGUUUCUUUUGUUUCACACAAAAGUUUAGUUUCUUCAGGACGUGAAAUCAUCACCAAUAAUCAAUAAGAUCAUUAUCUCCAAUGAUCAAUAAGAGCUCUGAGGUACAGAAGUCGUGUUUGUAAUUAUUAUUUUAACACAAACAUCAGAUUUCUUGAGAAGAAGAUAA